AUGAGUGUCACGCGUAGAAAAUUUGAAGGCGUGAUUGUUUACGUCCCGGUAUUGCACAGAAGCGAUGAGGAUAAGUACAUCUUGUCGUUAUGCCUUUCACCGAUGUACGGAGAUGAGACAAAGUGGUUACUAUUAGCUGAAAUGAUAGAACAUUAUAAAUUGCAAGGAGUUGAGCAUUUUUAUCUGUAUAUACAAACAAUCGAUGAUUAUUCACGUCGGCUUAUCGAUGACUAUGUAAGCACCGGAGAUGCUGAAGCUGUAUUCAUAAGUGAAAGACCACAGCAAAGAUGGUUGCAACUUUUUGGAAUACAGGUAGGGAAUUUUUUUACUCUGUAA